AUGAAACAACACCGCCACCUUGAGCUGAGUAGUCUGGGCAGAUCCACCAGCUCCACAGACACAGCCAUUGUUCCCAAGCCUUCUUACUCAACCACCUCUUCUCACAGGCCCUCCUCCCUCCUUCACUCCCUCUUCCAUUUCCUCCUCCACCGCCGCAAUGCCCUCUCUCUCGUCACUCUCCCCCGCAAGCUCACCGGCACCCUAUUUGGCCACCGCCAUGGCCAUGUCACCUUCUCCCUCCAGCUCGACCCUCGUUCCGAACCUCUCACACUUCUCCAUCUCCACAUCUCUACCACUACUCUCCUUACAGAGAUGUCCUCCGGCGUCCUCCGCAUCGCCCUCCACUCCCACAAACUCCCCGGCCGAGCACGACCCACAAAGCUCCUCCAGCACCCCUCCUGGACCAUGUACUGCAACGGAACGGAAUCCGGUCUUGCCCUCUCUCGCACGUGCGAGGCAUAUGACCGACACGUCCUCAACACCAUUCGGAGCGUGUCCGUUGGAGCUGGCGUCAUUCCGGUGCUCCAUGAUGGAACAAAAGCUGGAGCCGGGUGCUCGGAACUGGGUGCAUUAGUGUAUAUGAGAGCCGAGUUUGAACGAGUUGUUGGAAGUGCUGACUCGGAAGCUUUGUUUAUGAUUAACCCUGAUGGAAAUGCAGCCUCUGAACUCACUAUUUUCUUGCUUAGAAUAUGA